UUAUUAUAUCAAAGAUGAAACUCUUGUUCGUCCUCUUCGUAUUUGGUAUUGCAACUGCAGUGCAAGUUGGAAUCAGUGAUGAUAUUACUGUUGGUGGAUUAUCCUCAGGUGCCUUCAUGGCAGUCCAGACCCAUGUGGCUUUAUCCGAGACAGUCAAAGGAGCAGCAGUAUUCGCUGGAGGCCCAUACUUUUGUGCCAUGGCUGAUUUCGCCACUGCUAAUACUAAUUGCAUGGCAUUAGGAACUAAUAUUGAUAUCGACCACUUGAUCUCGGUUAUUAAAGAUAAUGAAGCUAAGGGGCUAGUAGACUCCUCUGAGAAUUUGGCUGGUUCAAAUGUAUAUGUUUUCUCAGGGACUAAGGACUACACAGUAAACCCAAAAGUUAAUCAAAAUACUCAGACAUUUUAUGAAAAAUUAGGAGCUAAUGUUGAGUCUCUAUUCGAUUUUGAUGCUGCUCAUACUAUGCCAACAGAAGAUUUUGGAGCGAUUUGCACAGUAUCCAUGCCUCCUUACAUCGGAAAAUGUGGACUCAAUGGAGCUCAGGCUUCGUUACAACACCUACAUCAAGAUAAGGUUUCAAACAAGCUAGGUGAGACAAGUGCAUCAAACGUAUUCUCUAUUCCACAAAGCACAGAUGGAACAGUGAUGGGAGGGGAAGCUUUUGCUUACAUUCCAACUGCCUGUCAGAGUGAUGAUGCAGAUUGCUCAUUGCACGUUGUAUUUCACGGAUGCUUACAGACUAUCAAAGACAUUCAGAUGCAAUAUGUUGAAAGCACUGGGUAUAAUGAAGUUGCUGAAGCUAAUGAUAUGGUAAUUCUAUAUCCACAAGCUGUCUCUAAGAGCUCAGGUAAUCCUUAUGGAUGCUGGGACUGGUGGGGUUUCAUCAAUAAUGAUUAUGCAACCAACCAAGGCAAGCAGAUUGCUGAGGUUAAGAGACUCAUCGAUCUUCUCAAGUCUGGAGAUCUCAAGGAAGCUAAGCAAGUUUAUCCAAGAGAAACCUUGAAGGAAUAAUCUAGCUUUUAGUUUUCAAAACUUAUCCUACACAUCAUAACUCUUUUCUUAAGA